AUGGCUCACAAUAAUGACUCCACGGUAUCUGAGUUUGUGCUUCUGGGACUUUCUAAAUCUUGGGGACUUCAGCUUGUGCUUUUCACCAUCUUCUUUGUCAUCUAUGUGACAUCAGUCUUGGGCAAUAUCAUGAUUAUUGUCAUCAUUUUCUCUGACUCACGCUUAAACUCUCCUAUGUACUUUUUGCUCAGUAAUCUUUCAUUUAUUGACAUCUGCCAAUCUAACUUUGCCACUCCUAAGAUGCUUGUGGACUUUUUUGUCGAACACAAAAUUAUUUCUUUUGAGGGUUGUAUGGCUCAAAUAUUUCUUCUUCAUAGCUUUGUUGGGAGUGAAAUGAUGUUGCUUGUUGCUAUGGGAUAUGACAGGUUUGUAGCAAUAUGUAAGCCACUGCACUACAAUCUAAUUAUGAAUCGGAGAGUGUGUAUAAUUUUUGUGUCAAUUUCUUGGGCAGUAGGUAUUCUUCAUUCUGUGAGCCAUUUGGCAUUUACAGUGAAUCUGCCAUUCUGUGGUCCCAAUGAGGUAGAUAGCUUCUUUUGUGAUCUUCCCUUGGUGAUAAAGCUUGCUUGCAUGGAUACGUACAGAAUGGAAAUUUUGACCUUGGCUAACAGUGGUAUGAUAUCACUAAGCUGUUUCCUGGCUUUGAUUAUCUCCUAUAUCAUCAUUUUGGUCACUGUCCAACGGCAGUCCUCUAGUGGGUCAUCCAAAGCCCUUUCUACACUCACGGCCCAUAUCACUGUAGUGAUUCUUUUCUUUGGGCCUUGUAUUUAUUUCUACAUAUGGCCUUUUAGCAGAUUGUCUGUGGAUAAGUUCCUUUCUGUCUUCUAUACCAUUUGUACACCUUUACUGAAUCCUAUCAUAUAUUCUCUGAGAAAUGAAGAUGUGAAAUCAGCUUUGAGGAAAUUGAGAAACAGUCAUGUAAAUCCUGCAAAAAACUAA